AUCAUGGAAUCAACAAAAGGUGCCGAGUUUGCAGCGCGUCUUUAUGAGACAUCUUCCAGAUCAGGACCACUUCUCAAGUUGCUCAUAUCUAAACAGACAUCACUCUCUGAUGCUGUGAGGAGGAUGGUGGAACGCCUGGCUGUCUUCACACCGGGACGAAGAAGUCCACUCCUGUCGGUCAUCAAGCAGUUCUUGGAAGCUGGUAAAACAUCAGGAUCAGAGAGUAAGACCAAAGAAAGAACUCAGAUGAAACUGGAGAUGUUUAAAACUGGUGGGAAAGUGGAUCCUAACAAGCUCACACAAGGUCUCCCAGCUCUGAGUGGCGACCCUGACCUUGAGAACCUAGUGCAGCAGUGUAUGAUGGAGCUGAUGGAGAAGACGACAUCAGCAGAUGGUGCCAAGGCUGCCAGUCAGGCUCUGAUACAUUUAGAGAAAGUGUCGCCCAUGCUUGUAUCCACUGCCUCUCUGCUGAUUGACUGGUUGGAACUGCUGGACCCUGAAAUCAUCCAGUCCAACCCCGAUCUGCAGCAGCAGUUGAUAUUUGCUAAGAAGACCGUCAGCCAUUCGAGGGAGAAGGUUCCAGGCAGCCGGAAGGAGCCCUACUUGCUGGCGCUGCUCACUCACCAGUGUAACUGGGGCACAGUCAACAGGUGUAUCACCAGGAUCCUCAACAACACAGACAAGAGCUUCAAUGCAACGGCAGUGUUGGACUUCCUGUGGGCGUGUAUCCACAUCCCAAAGAUCUGGCAGGGACGAGAGUGCAAGAAGAUGGACAGUUGCGAGGACAUUCUGUCGCCGACCAUCAGCCAGGUGAUAUGUGUGGUGGACUACAUCCUGGAAGAAGCUGGUGACACUAGGAAAACAACUGCAGCCAUGUCCUCCAAUCCUGCUGGUGCCCUGAGCCCAUCUUCUUCAACCCCAGAGACCCUUUGUCAGAGGAUGAGUCUGCUGAAGGCCUGCUUGGCUGACAAGGAUGUCCGACUGAGAGCUUUGGUGGAUCAUCUUCAAGGGAAGCACGGUCACAGUAGUUGCCUGCAGACGAAGCUGCUGUACGAGCUGUACCUGCAGUAUCCCUACAUCCUGUCGUGGCUCACUGACAAGUCAUGCAUCACUGCUGAACAUGACGCUCAUGACAACCCAAGUCAGCUGGAUGUCAUUUCCCAUCGACUGUUGAUGGCAUUCGGUCAUGCUGUGCAUGGGCAUACCGCUGAGAACAGGAUGUACGAUGCCAACCUUGGAUGUCGGAAGCUGGCUGCUGAACACCCUCAACUCAUACUACGUCAGCUGCCCAUGUUGGCUGCCCUGCUGAGGGGGAAGACACAGUACAAGAUCGGGGAGAUUAAGCACCGCAACUUCCUCACACUCUUCUCCAAUGCUCUUGGCCUCCUGGAACUACUACAGCCACUGGUGUUCCGUGCAGAGUACACGUCACUGCCAGAUAUACUGGAGACCUACUUCACCCUCAUACAGUCUCAUGGCAAAGAGCAACGGCUGUUAGGCUCCGUCAUUGUGAAGUUUAUCACAUUCCUGAAUGGUUUUGUCAGCUAUGAUCCUCAGCGUGCCAUGACCCUCCUACAGAGAUAUGUCGUACUUCUUGGAGACGUGUCAUCUGUCUAUCCUGACCUGUCAGAGCUGAAGUCCCUCCUUGCCGGCCUGGCUCUGCCCCGACAGAACAAGACCGAGGCAGACGCCACCAGCCAGGAUGAUGCCACACCCAUUGGGUCACCAAUACGGGCUGCCUGUUUCUGGUCAUCAGCCCACCUGGCCCCAAUCUACAAGAAACUCCAGAAGACGUAGAUCAGUUGAAGAACUUUUGGAUGUAUUGCAUGACCUUGAUGAGACCUCCAAGAGAAAGGUGGAAAUCCUUCAAAACUUUGAGAGUGAGCUCCGGCAGCUGAUGCUGGAGGCCAAUGACAAAUGUCGCAACCUUGCCUUCACUCUCAUCAUGCG